CGAGACUACAUUAUUAUUCACAGUGAUUGCAUUUUAAGUAUACAUAUAUAUUUUUUAUCGCCCCAGAUGCCAUUUCCUGACAUAUUAGUCAUACAACCAGAACGUUGGUCAAGGGCGUAACAGUUUGACCAUACUUGGCAAGGACGUUCACAAUGUCGUCAUUCGUCUACUUUAUUGCAGUCAUCUUGCUUGCUGCGGAUUCGACUUUGGUCGACGGUCUUUCUUGUACUUUUUACCCAAUUCCCAUGGAAGUUCCUGAAGAUGCAUUAGCAUUAGAUAUUCCUGGAGAGAUAACAUGUACCGAAUAUGCAAACGUAGCGAUAGUAUCAGGCGAUCCAAAGAAUGUGUUUAAUAUUCAAACUAACGGUGUUUCCAGCGACAUUGUUUUGGAUGGAACACUUGAUUAUGAAAAACAGCAAAUGUACCAGUUGUUUAUAGGAGCUACUUUCAUUAAAGCCGUUUGGAAUGGUGAAGUUAAUAUCACAGUGCUGGAUGUAAAUGAUAAUCCUCCAGUUUGUGAAAAGCAAAUUUACGAAAUUAAUAUUACCAGUGAUUUCACACCUGUACCAGUAGGCACAUCAAUUUUGAAUUUGACGUGUUCGGAUAAGGAUCUGUCUAAUGAAAACAGUGGACUUACAUAUACAAUAAUAGGUGAUCCUCGUGGAUUCAACUUGGACAAUGACGGGAAAGUCAUAAAUAUAAAAGAAUUAAAAGGUACCGGUGAUCAAUAUAAGUUGACGGUUCGUGUAAGUGAUGGGACCUUUGAAACUAAUGUAACGGUUUUAAUUAAUGAAGGUAGAUCAUCGGGUAACUCGACUGAUUCUAGUAACGGUGACUCAUCGGGUAACUCGACUGAUUCUAGUAACGAAUGCAAUGGCGGUAUUGUCGUCCCGUGGAAUGAUGGGGUGCAGUGCCUUUGUCCACCUCAUAAGCAAGGUCGAAACUGUACCGAUGAUGUCCCGGAUGUCGUCUCAGACUGCGAAUGGCCCUCAAAUGAUGACGCAUGUAGCACGGACCCUUGCUAUGGGAAAGGUUCUGUUUGCAUCAACACAUUCGGAGAGAAUUAUAAAUGCCUUUGCCCACCCGGAAUGGAGGGAGACCAAUGCGACACAGGUUCCCACUGCUUCUCGUGUUCAAGCGUAAGAUGGCGAAACGUCACGUGUUCUGUGUUCGAUGAUGCAGCCUUCCUUCGUGAAAUGAACUUUUCCGGCCCUCCAAUAGUAACGACACAAAUGUCAAGGACGAAAUGUAGGAACGAUAAAUGGGGCUUUGAUGCUGGCACCGGUGACAUAUGGGUAGCUAAAGGAUGUAGGGCUAAGUUUUGUAUAGAAUUCGAAAAAUCGGCUCCAACACCGACUCCUCCCUAA